CACAGUCGUCCAAUCAGCUGGGUAACUUGGCCGCAGUGCAUGAUGGGCCCAAAACGCUGUGGCCCUGGUCUUCAGUACCAUGGCGACAGGUGAGCUUGGGCCUCGGGCCGCUAUGACUGUUGGCUCGGCUCCGAGGCGUCCAGGAACCCGGGUGGCUUUGUUGGUGCUCGUGGCUUUGGUGCUUCCGAGGUUCUCGGCGGCCCAGAGCUACUCGCUGCCUUUCCAACGGCAGGAGUCGUGCAACCACCUCCAGUACUUUGAUAUCUCCUCUCUAUCCUGUGCCCACUGUGGAGCGAACCAGACGCGGGACCCUCGAGGUAUUUCAUGUGUAUGUCUUCCUGGAUUUAGGAUGGUUUCUAAUAAUGGUGGACCUAUUAUUUGUGAAAAGUGCCCAGAGAAUAUGAAAGGAGUUACUGAAGAUGGAUGGAAUUGUAUUUCUUGUCCCACUGGCCUCACUGCAGAAGGAAGAUGCAGAUGUCCUAGUGAUCAUAUUUUAGUGGAACGAGAUACUAAUGGAAGGUUGUUUUCUGAAGCAACUUGUACACUUUGUGAUGGAAGUGAAAACUCUUUCUCAGCAGCAGAUGUAUUUAGAAAUAGGUGUGUCAGAUGUGAACCAACAUUCAUCAAUACAACAAAGUCCUGUACAUGUUCAGAGCGAGCUAUUUUAACAGGUGGAUUAUGUUUCAGCAGUAUCGGGAAUUUUUUUCCACAAGCAGUUACAACUUGGCGUUAUGGACAGUUUGGUGCAUCACUUAAUUCUGAGUGGCUUUCAAAACAUUUGCAAUCAGUAGCAGCUGCUUGUUUGAUAUAUUCUAAUCUUACAUCUUGCCAAGCCCUUGGAAAUAUGUGUGUGAUGAACAUGAAUUCUUGGAGCUCUGCUGCCAUUGAUGCAUGUCGUCUGUUUCGAUUUGUCUUUGAUAAUACUGCUGGACUGGGCACUGUUCAUUCUAUAUCAUUCUGGAGACAGAAUCUUCCAUGGUUGUUCUAUGGAGAUCAGCUAGGAUUAGCACCUCAGAUACUCAGAAAUACCCUGCUUUCUACAAAUUUCAGCUUUAAAGGUCAAAACCAAAAUACAAAACUGAAGUUUUUUGCAGCUUCUUAUGAUGUGAGAGGAAAUUUUCUCCAGUGGAGGACUUUGGAAGGAGGUCUUUUACAGCUUUGUCCAGAUACAGUGUCCAGACUAGAUGCUGCUUAUGACUUUGGAACAACUUAUCAGCAAAAUUGUGAGAUUCCAGUCUCCAAGAUCUUAACUGACUUUAAAAGUCCAAUUUUUUAUGAUCUAUAUCUUGAGUAUACUAGUGAACACCUUUGGGCUAUACCAAUAUUAAACCUAAAUCUUCGGCACAAUGAAGUCCCUGUAAACCAAGACAGCAGCUCUUCCAAGUGGCUUCUGACACGCCGCCUGUUCUUGGUGGAUACAUUAAGUGGACGAGAGAAUGACUUAGGGAAUAUACCAAGAGUAAUUCGAAUUGCCAGCAAGUUAACAAUGAGUAUUUGCCUUGUACCCAAUACUGAAAGUGGAAACAUUUAUCCCCCUCUAAUUACUGUUGCCUACCAGGAUGUUGAGAUCCAGAAUCCGGAUAGCCAGUCUGUGAUGGUUUCUUUCUCAGUCAAAUAUGAAAUGAAUCAAGAUGAAGCACAUACUCAAACUAAUAUUGCAUUAGGUGUAUUGGGUGGGCUGGCAGUUUUAUGGUCUCUUUUAAAGACUGCAGGAUGGAAGAGACGCAUAGGAAGUCCUAUGAUUGACUUGCAGACCAUUAUGAAGUUCUUGGUGUACUAUGCUGGAGAUCUAGCAAAUGUUUUCUUAAUCAUCACUGUGGGAACAGGUCUUUAUUGGCUUAUUUUUUUCAAAGCACAGAAGGCUGUCUCUGUUUUGUUACCAGUGCUAGGUCAAGAAGAAAGCUUUGUCACAUAUGUGGGGUGUGCUUUUGCCUUAAAGGCUCUGCAAUUCUUGCACAAGCUUGUAUGCCAGGUUACUAUAGAUAUCUUUCUCAUUGACUGGGAGAGACCGAAAGGCAAAGUUCUUAAAGCUGUUGAAGCUGGUGAUUGUGGCCUACGAAGUGCUACUGUUCCUGUGAGCAUAUGGAGGACAUAUUUUGUAGCAAACGAGUGGAAUGAAAUUCAGACUGUGAGAAAAAUUAAUCCCCUCUUUCAAGUGCUCACGGUUCUCUUCUUUUUGGAGGUUGUUGGAUUCAAGAACUUGGCAUUAAUGGAUUCAUCCUCGAGUCUCUCAAGAAACACAAAUAGCUAUAUUGCAUCUUAUAGCCGCAUUUUGCGAUAUGCUGUGUCUACUAUCCUUUGGAUAGUCAUUGGCAUGAUACAAAUCAUGUUCUUUGCUGUCUUUUAUGAGAGAUUUAUAGAAGAUAAAAUACGACAAUUUGUUGAUUUGUGUUCCAUGAGCAAUAUUUCAGUAUUUCUCUUAUCACACAAAUGUUUUGGAUAUUAUAUCCAUGGUCGAUCUGUUCAUGGACAUGCAGAUACUGACAUGGAAGAAAUGAACACGAAUCUUAAGAGGGAGGCGGAAAAUUUGUGUAGCCAAAGAGGUUUGUUACCCAACACAGAUGGUCAGACCUUUCAGAUUUCCAUUUCUAACAAAACAAGACAACAUUAUGACAAAAUUCAUGAAACACUAAUAAGGAAAAAUGGCCCUCCUCGACUAUUAAGUUCAUCAGCAACUACUUUUGAACAAAGUAUUAAAGCCUACCAUGCCAUGAAUAAAUUCCUUGGUUCAUUCAUUGAUCACGUUCAUAAGGAAAUGGAUUACUUUGUAAAAGACAAGUUGCUUUUUGAACGAAUUCUUGGUAUGGAAUUCAUGGAACCAGCAGAAAAAAGCAUCUUCUACAAUGAUGAAAACUAUUCCUUCAGCAAUGUUCUCUAUUAUGGGAAUGAAGGUACUCUUCUUACCUUUGAUAUACUAUUUUUCUCUAUUGUGGAUCUGGCUUCUCAGGAUUUUGUUUUAGCAGCCUUUCUUACUUACAUACAACAGGAGGUUUUUAAAUUUCUCCGUUAUACAAUAGGAAGGAGGAAUUUGGCAUCUAAAACUUUGGUGGACCAAAGAUUCCUUAUUUAAUUAAUUCAAAGGAUGAAUUCAAGACUCAGUAAAAUCAUGGCACAAAAUAGUUGUGAGUUUGGGGUUGGCUUAUCAUAUUUUAAAAAUGUUAAUGGUACUCUUUUUUUAUUUUUAUUUUAUUUGCUGAAAGAUUUAUUUUUAUAACAUUUUUAUAAUAUUCCUUGUAUAUAUAAAAUGGCAGGCUUAGAAGUAUUAUUCAUUAUGUAUGGUACUUAAAAGACAAAAGAAAUGUCAGAUACCAUCUGUCACUGAGGUAAAAUUAUAAAUCUUACUUUGCUUUUAUGAUGUGGCAGGUCUUCUGUAGUCAUAGAAUAUGACUUUCACUCCCCAACCUGACCACCAUCCUUGAACAUAUACACCUUAGUUAUUUAUCUUUGUAGUUCCUCUAUCAAUUGAAAGCCCUUCAAAACUGAUUUGAUUGUCUGAUUGCCAAUAUCAGGUCUAAGACAUCUUAUUUUAAAGCAUUUGUUUUAUAUAUGUUAUGUUGAAAUAAAUAUUUUAAAUAUCAGUUGGGAUUUUAAAAUUUGUAAUUACUGAUGCAAUUUAAAUCAUUGUAAUUUCUUCCCUUGACUGGAAUGAGACUCAAUGAAUUAACUGUUUGGCUAAUAAAUAUUUCAUGAAACUACCUACAUAUUUUAUAAAGUAUAUAUAGAUAGAUUCUUUCCAUAUAGGAUAUUUGUUAAUAUGUUCUCCUAUUUUUAUACUUAACAUCAUUACAGACAUUUUCUUUCUACAUGGUUUUGUUAACUAUUUUGUAUUAUUUUAAGCAGUGUUUCAAAAUUAUGUUUUAAAUCUUAUGAUAUCUCUAAUACAUAAAUUAUCAUGUCCUUUGUACAAAAUGUCAUAUUGAAAGCAAAACUUUUUAUACUUCAUCCUUACCAUAGUUUGCAAAGAAAAUGGAAAGAUAAAUAUCAGAAUCCAGAAUACAAUUAAUAUAACUUUGAGGUCAUGUGAUUAAUAUGAAGUGAUAUUCUGUAAUAAUUUUAAUUUGUCUUUAAGAUACCCAGUUUGAUUUGUAAUCUAUAUUUGGACAGUAUAUUAUAUUUUAGAACAAUAGUAACCAAUAAGUAAUAUUUUAAUACUUAUUAAAUGCCUUUGUGUCAUGUAAAUACUAUUUUGAUUAGACAUUUUUCUUAAUUGUAAAUGUAUAUAAUAAAGCCCAUAGUAUUUGUGA